AUGCAAGGCCAAGACUUCACAUACAUAUCCACUAGUGAUCAUGUUCAAGACUCGAGCACCCAUCUCUCACUUUGCCCCCCAGGUUACCAAACAACCAUCAAUUUUCUCUCUCAUCCCCAAACUAAUCGAAACCCUAAAACCAGCCACAAUGAUAUUGAUAGAGUGACUGUUGCUCUAACAUUAGCAAACCCUAACGUUGUUACUGAUCAUAACGAAGAUCUUGUUUCUGAGGAUCAGUUCUGGAUUCCUACGCCAGCUGAAAUUCUUGCCGGACCGACGCAGUACUCUUGCACUGUUUGCCACAAGAUGUUCAGCCGUUACAACAAUUUACAGAUGCAUAUGUGGGGUCAUGGAUCUCAAUACAGAAAAGGGCCAGAGUCACUAAAAUCCCCAAAACCAACUUCAUCCUCAAUUCCAAGGUUGCCAUGUUAUUGUUGUGCUGAGGGUUGCAUGAACAAUAUAACUCAUCCAAGGUCUAAACCUCUUAAGGACUUUAGAACCCUUCAAGCACAUUACAAAAGAAAGCACGGUUCUAAGCCAUUUGCUUGCCAGAAAUGUGGGAAGCCAUUUGCAGUUAAAGGAGACUGGCAGACCCAUGAAAAGAACUGUGGAAAGCUAUGGUUUUGUGUCUGUGGAUCUGAUUUUAAGCAUAAGAGGUCUCUUAAGGACCAUGUUAGUGUUUUUGGACACGGCCAUGCGCCCGCACUGCAUGGGAGGGCAUGA